CGUCUCUGAAUGCUCCGCUCUCUUGCCAGCAACUACGUCCCUUCCUUAGACGUCUCCUAAACCACGUACGUUAUAUAGGCGUGUCUUUCCACUCGUAGGAAGCACAGAUCUCUUCGUCACUCAGACCCUCUCAGACUUCUGCCACUUCAAACAGUCAAUCUUACACCUUGGUCCGCUACAUGCACGGAUAGAACUUCCUCACCAAGACAAACUCACCACUUACACGCCAUCGCUUGCCCAGAGCAAGACUGACACAACAACCAGCAUGGGCUCACACUCGCCGGAACCCCAGAAGCUCUGGGUCGAGACGUCAUGCAUACCAUCGCUGCCGCUCUCCCGCGCAGCUGGCUGUAACAUCUUUCUCAAGCUCGAGAACCUCCAGCCCUCGGGCUCCUUCAAGUCCCGCGGCAUCGGAUCCAUGAUGUACCGGGCCUUCCUGGAGCGCUGCUCAUCUCUGGGCCGGGCUCCGGCCUCAUCAUCCUCGGCCCACGACGAGGAGCCGAUAGUGCACUUCUACUGCUCAUCGGGCGGCAACGCGGGCCUGGCGUGCGCCACGGCCGCCGCGACCCUGGGCCAGCCGUGCACCAUUGUGGUGCCCACGCUCGUGACGCCCUUUAUGACGGACAAGCUGCGCGCCCUGGGCGCCGAGGUCGUCCAGAUCGGCGAGAACUGGGCCGUCGCGGACGCGCACCUGCGCGAGAACCUGCUCUCCCGCGAUGCCGAGAGGGGCGUGUACGUGCCCCCCUUUGACCACCCGCACGUCUGGCACGGCGCGUCGGGCAUGGUCGACGAGAUUAUCGCGCAGGUGAGCAGCCUGGGCGGCGGCGGCGUCGGCGGCGGCAGCCAGCGGGACGAUGCCCACCAAGUCGAUGCGAUCGUGUGCAGCUGCGGUGGCGGCGGGCUGCUCAACGGCAUCAUGGAGGGCGUCAAGAGACACGCCAAGGCAUCAUCGCAGACAACGGAGAACGGGGGACCCGUCACGCCACCGCGGGUGCUGGCCGUCGAGACCGUCGGCGCCGAGAGUCUCGACGCGAGCAUCAAGGCCGGCAGGCUGGUCACUCUGCCUGCCAUCACGAGCAUCGCGACCUCGCUCGGCGCGCCGACCGUCUCGGCCCGCACGUUCCAGUGGGCCCGGGAGGCGCCGCACCUGAGCAAUCUCGUCGUCUCGGACGCCGACGCCGUCAUGGGCUCGGUGCGCUUUGCCGACGACGCCAGGAUCCUCGUCGAGGUGGCGUGCGGCGCGGCGAUAUGUCCCGCUUACAACGGCGAUCUGCGGCGCUGCCUGGGCCAGGGCUUGAGCGAUGAGGAGUGGAGCAGGAAGAAUGUCGUGCUGGUGGUGUGCGGAGGAUCCAAUGUCUCGCUGGAUAUACUGAGGGGUUAUCGGGAGAAGUACAAUGUUCACGCUUGAGACGACAUCAUGAAGGGCAGGCGUGUCGGACUGGGUAUGUAUCACAUAUAUCUUUUUGUGAUGUUGUUCACUAGAUAGACAAGAGGUCAAGGGGGACAAGGAUGAUAUGACAUAUCUUCCUUGUCCGUUCUUAUUAAACAUAUAGAUUUUGCCUACUUCGUUCAAAGACACUUGAGAAGAUCAUGGAGACCGAAU